AGAAGAUAGCCCCUCUCCAGGGAGCCAGGGGGCCCAUCCGGGACCCAACAAUCUCCCCUCCCCCUCGCGCUGGGUCCCUCGCAAAGGCCGAUUUGUUUAUUCCUCUGCCGCAGGGCUCAACUGCAGAACUUUUGCGUCGAAGCUACUUCCUUGCCCUCGCGAGUAGCCGUGGGAGCCAGCAUUGUUCGGAGCCCCAUUUUAUAAACCUUGAACCUGGGACCUUGCGAACCCAGGACAGGGAGGUAACUGGAGAUGAGUCCAGGGACGUCAUCCUGUCAGCCACAGCUACUGGAGUCCUGCUCCUGAGGCCCAACCCGGGACUGCAGCAGUCCUGCUGUAGGGCCUAACAGGUCCUGGGGUGGGUGUCUCUUCCACUGAGCUCCCUGGGUCUCCAACCACAGCCCGAAUAAUGAACAGUGUUUGGGGGUCCCAGACCUCCAAGAGCACAGAACGAUGCUCUCGCCAUAUGACCAGUGAUCUUUCUCACCCUCACCUUUCAUUUGUUGGGAGCAAGAGAAGGCCGGUGGGAAUAAACUCCCCGGCUGUGAGGGCAAGUGGCAGAGCCUGAGUUGUCCAGCCUGGAAACUCAGGACUGAAACUGGCCCAGCUGGAAGAGUGUGGGCUGGGGCCUAACAGGGCCAGAGGGCACCUGGGGUCAGGACACACACCUGAGCACAGGAAUGCUCCCAGUCCAAGACCCCAGCUAGGAGGAGACUGGCUGUGGCCCCGAGGGCGGGCUGCACGCUUUAAUGGGACACAUGUCACUGUGUGGCCCCCUCAAGCCCAGCCUGUGCCCGGCUUUGAGCAGACACAGGCAGAAAAUCGCUGCAUUGUCCCAACAUUAGGACGACUAAUGUGGCGUUGCCAGCGUGGCCAGAGCGUGAAACCCGCAGAAAGGCCUUGCUGGCGGGUCCUCCGUGCCUCCGCAUCUUCAUCAGACACACGGAGGCCUGGUGUGUUGUCAUAGUCAUUAGCGGGGCUCAGAACCAGCUGGACCCAUGGACCUUCCUCAGUGGGUGCCCCCCAGAAUGCUUGGAGGCAAGGGACGGCAAGCACUAGGAGCGCCUCAUUGACAUGUAAACGAGGAGCCCCUAUAAAGGCGGCACUGCCUCCCACAGGAGCAGAUACGACAACAUGGGCACUAAGCCUGGGACCCAGGGCAGCUCCGGUGGCCAAGCCGGCGGCUUCCGCAAGAUCUCCAAGCCACUGAUGGAGAAGAAGCGACGGGCACGCAUCAAUGUAUCACUGGAGCAGCUGAAGUCGUUGCUGGAAAAACACUACUCCCACCAGAUCCGGAAACGCAAGUUGGAGAAGGCGGAUAUACUGGAGCUGAGCGUCAAGUACAUGAAAAGCCUUCAGAACUCGGCUCAAGGGCUCUGGCGGGUCCCCAGCGGAGCCGAGUUCCCGUCUGGCUUCCGCAGCUGUCUGCCGGGAGUUAGCCAGCUUCUGGGGCGCGGAGAGGACGGCGGCGGCGGCCUGCGCUGCCCCCUGGCGCUUGAGCGCGCAGGUGGCAGCACCAUGGACAGCGCCAGCCCGAGCCCGGAGGCGCCCGCGCCGCUUGGCCCCUGCGUCCCCGCCAUUUGGGUCCCUGCUCCAGCCAUCGGCGCCUCGAGGUCCCAGCCACCCCGGCUUCUCUUCCCUGGAGGUCUCCCCGGCCCGUCCUCCAGCGUCCCGGGGCCGCAGCCGGCCCCUCGCCGCUGCGCCGAGAGCCCAGGGCCGGGUCUGGGGGUUUGGCGGCCCUGGUGAGUCCCGGCGCCGCCUCAGACUCAAGGGGCCCCCUUCUGGCCCCGGGACGCAGAGACUGUUUAGAGCGCGCCUGCGGUGAUGGCCGGGACCCCAGUCUUCCGUCUUGGUCCCGUGGCAGGGGUGGCUGGGAGGGUGCCGCGUGCCCGCGAACGCGAGGAAAUACACGGAGCCUCGAGGGGGACGUGUGCCCCGCCCCCCCAGCCCCACCUACUCAAGCUGGACCCGCUCUCUCCUCGUCCCACCUUCUCGCGGGGCUGGGAGGGGAUGUCCCAGGCUGCUCCUCUUUCCCAGGGCCCCCGGCGGGCAGCCCGCCCCCGCCCCCGCCCCGCAGGCUUGCCGCUGUGGGAAGGUCGCCGUCGGCAGCGGCGCAGAGCGGACCCCUCGCAGCGAGGAGAAUCGCUGCCCCGCCCCGGCCCAUUCAGCCAGCCGAGGACGCCCGGUUCCCACCGGCACAAAGCUCGCCGGGUCCCGCCCCGCCGGCGAGGGGCCCCCAGCCCACCCCCACCUUGGAGCUUCCCGGCUUCCACGGGUCCCCACCCCCUCCGCACUCAGCACAGCCCACCCGGCCGGCGCGCUCUCUGAGGCCCGCCCAUCUCAGAAGACCUGCCCCGAGGUGCCCUAGCUCAGCAGCCCGCCCUGCCGCCAGAUGCUCCGCCCACCGCUCGGGUCACCCCACACCCCGCAGCGCACGGCUCCUGAGGGUUCCGGCCGCCGGACUUCUGUUGCCGCCACAGAACCCGCGACCCUCGACAGCCCUCCGAGCGCUCUGCGCCUGUUUAUUCUUCCGAAAACGAGGUCACUGCUGUGCUCCGACCCUAGCCCGGGGUCCCGGUGUUCGAGGGGCAGCCCGGGGCUGGGGGAUGAGAAUCCUGCGCCAAGCCCUGGGAGGGAUCCUGGCAUUUCCAGCUUGAAAUUCAGAAUACAGACAGUGGCGAACCUGUGAGAUGGGUACAAAGAGACCACGGAAGUCCAAAUUUCUCCC